CUCAUCAUAAUGAAGCUGAUCCUGUCUCUCACUCUCAUCUGGACUCUCUCCAGCACAGCUGAAGCUCUUCAGUGUUGGCAGGGUGAAGGAUAUGAUACAAAGAGAAGCUCCUUAUUUCCAUGUGACUCUACUGAGCUGUGUGCAACUGUUGCUGCACGAGGAACUGUGAGUGGCUAUUAUCAGGAGCCCACCUUCCGGUCCUGUGUGCCAUCUUUCAUUUUCAAAGAAGGAAAACACACAUUUUCUCUGAGUUUUGGUUAUGUAACUAUGGCUGCAUCUGUUCAUGUGUGUAACACAGAUGGUUGUAACAGUGAAGGCAUACCUUUCCCUGAUGUUCAGAGGGAAAACAACCUGCAGUGUUUCACCUGUGAUGAUCCAUUUUCUACUGUGUGUAACCAGACAGUACAGUGUGUGGGAGUGGAAGACCGCUGCAUUAGUGGAACUGUGCAAGACAAAUAUAACGUGGGUCUAACAUCACAUAUCUAUGGAUGUGUCUCUGCAAACUACUGUGAAGUUCUCUCUCGCUUUGAGCUCCUGCCUGAUCUGAGUGUUAAAUUCCCUCGUCCACUAAAAUAUUGUGGUAAUAACUUCUGUAACUCAGCCGGGUCUGUCAAACUGAAUGUGAUGACUUUGCUGUUUGGACUCAUUACCCUUAUCUUCUAUUAGAACAAAGAGAAAAUAACAAAAUAACGG